UGCUACUGUCAGAAACAGAGUUAAGCUCAGCAGGCACCGGGAGAACAGAGUGAAGAGAAGCUCCACAGAUAUCCAAGCAGCAGCGCAUUCUGGGCCUCCAGGGGGACGAAUCUCCGCCACCUAAGCAAGACUUGACUCUCUUCCCCUGCGGCUGUUUGUAUCUCCAGCUGUAUUCAUGGAUUUCUAAAUUUGGUAGACUUCAGCAACAGGUUCGCCAAAAACUCUGUGCCCCUACCUGAGGGCCUUACUAGCCUCCAACUCCAGGAAUGAGACCUGACACACUGGAAUACAAACUCUUCUCAGGGCAAACAAAAAAAUUUUGAGGUACAUUCAUUGCUGCUGCAUCUGCAGUUUUCAGAUUUUUACAAAUUCUGGCCAUUCUGGUUUAACUGCUGCACUGGCUACAAAACAGAUGGCAAAUAGCUUCUUCCCGUGUCAGGUGUGUCUGAAGGGUGUUUGUGUGAACAUGCACUCAAAGCAUUAGGAGUUUAGGAGUGCUGUGUGUGGGAGCUGCUGGAGCCACUGUUUAAUAGGAGUGUGAGGGUGUAACUUUGUGUCUAUGAAAAAAGUCAUAAGUGCGUGGUGUGUGUGUGUGUGAGUGUGAGUGUGUGUGUGAGGUGGUGGGGCCCUGUGGAGGUCGUAGCCCUGGAUUUCUUAGAGAUGGAGGGUCAUGGUUAUGAACGGUUUGGAGACGGGGAGAGGGACACUUACCAAAUUGACUACCGGAGAAUUGUAGGGGACAUGGAACCAGCACGACCUCGCAUCUCAAACAGAGAUGGGGAACAACCUCACCCCUACGGGGCCUAUGCCCACCCAGCGCCACAUGGACAUGGGCAUGAGACUGCAGCCCAGCGAUACAGCGCUACACGUAUCCAAGCUGGCUAUGAACCAGAGAGCAUGGCAGACUACUUAAUCAGCGGAGGCACAGGUUAUGUUCCUGAAGAUGGAUUGACAGCACAACAACUCUUUGCUAUCGGUGAUGGGCUUACAUAUAAUGACUUCUUGAUCCUCCCUGGUUUCAUAGAUUUUACUUCUGAAGAGGUGGAUCUAACCUCUGCAUUGACAAGGAAGAUAACCCUGAAGACACCUCUUAUUUCAUCUCCCAUGGAUACAGUCACAGAGUCAUCCAUGGCCAUCGCCAUGGCAUUGAUGGGUGGGAUUGGAAUAAUUCAUCAUAACUGUACUGCUGAGUUCCAGGCCAACGAGGUGCGCAAAGUCAAGAAAUUUGAGCAGGGCUUUAUUACAGACCCAGUGGUGAUGAGUCCCCGACACACUGUUGGGGACGUGUUUGAGGCAAAGACACGCCAUGGUUUCUCUGGGAUCCCUGUUACAGAGACCGGCAAAAUGGGCAGCAAGCUGGUCGGCAUUGUCACUUCCAGAGACAUUGACUUUCUGUCUGAGAAGGACCAUGACAGACCCCUGGAGGAGACAAUGACCAAAAGGGAAGAUUUAGUUGUUGCACCCGCUGGAGUCACACUAAAAGAGGCGAAUGAUAUACUGCAACGUAGCAAAAAAGGUAAGCUCCCCAUAGUCAAUGACAGUGAUGAGCUAGUUGCCAUCAUUGCUAGGACUGACUUGAAGAAGAACAGAGAUUAUCCUCUGGCUUCCAAAGACUCCCGCAAACAACUGCUGUGUGGUGCUGCUAUCGGUACGAGGGAGGACGACAAGUACAGACUAGAGCUCCUCAUGCAGGCUGGGGUGGAUGUCGUAGUCCUGGAUUCCUCCCAAGGAAACUCAGUGUAUCAAAUCAACAUGAUAAACUACAUCAAACAGAAAUAUAAUGAUCUACAGGUAGUUGGAGGAAAUGUGGUGACAGCUGCUCAGGCCAAAAACCUCAUAGAUGCCGGUGUGGAUGCCCUGAGGGUGGGCAUGGGGUGUGGCUCUAUCUGUAUCACCCAGGAAGUGAUGGCAUGUGGACGGCCCCAAGGUACAUCGGUGUACAAGGUUGCAGAGUAUGCCCGACGUUUUGGAGUGCCAGUAAUUGCUGAUGGAGGCAUUCAGACUGUUGGACAUGUGGUGAAGGCUCUGGCCCUGGGAGCAUCUACAGUGAUGAUGGGGUCAUUGCUCGCGGCAACCACUGAAGCUCCAGGAGAAUAUUUCUUUUCAGAUGGUGUCCGUCUGAAAAAGUACAGAGGAAUGGGCUCCUUGGAUGCCAUGGAGAAAAAUAACAGUCAGAAACGCUACUUUAGCGAGGGAGAUAAGGUGAAGGUGGCUCAAGGUGUCUCAGGAUCAGUAACAGAUAAAGGCUCCAUCCAUAAGUUUGUUCCAUACCUCAUUGCUGGUAUCCAACAUGGCUGUCAGGACAUAGGAGCCAAGAGUUUGUCCAUUUUACGGUCAAUGAUGUACUCUGGAGAGCUGAAGUUUGAGAAGAGAACCAUGUCUGCUCAGAUGGAGGGAGGAGUCCACGGCCUCCACUCAUAUUCUUUUGUGCCAUUUACGAGAAACGACUUUACUGAGGCUGGAGGAAGAGGAAACAUUCGAACAGGACCAAAUGUCCCGAGCCCAGCAGCUACCAGCAGAUGCACCGGGCACAUGUGAUCAAACUACAAACACAAAGCUGUCGUUGCUGUACAACACACACACACACACACACACACUCUAAAAUCUGACACUGCUUUUGUGUGUCCUUCCCCUCUUUUUGACAAAACAAUACACGUUAACCUGAAUUUAAAUUUUGAACUUUACAUGCAGUCACAUCAGCACAUAAACCUCUAAUCUGUCCACUGUGGCCAAGGUGCACUAAUGUAAUUAACUAUUCAUGCUGAUCCCCUUCAACAAGCAAACGGAUGUCAUUAACUACUUUACGAUAGGCUUAUCAUUGAUGGUGUAACAAGAGGCCCAUCUCCUUAUUGGCCUCUGAAUGUUACCCUGAUACAGGAGAGUAUACAACAAACCUUGCAGUGGUGCAGCCCUAUAUUUCCAUUUAAUAUAUCACACAAUAUACUAUUGCAGGAAAUUAGGCAGUUAGACAUUUUAUUUGCAGAAUAAAAGACACAUAACAAAAAAAGCA